AUGGUUUACUGGAAAACUCCUAGCAGGGGAUAUAAGUGUAACACUGAUGGGGCUGCAAAAGGGAACCCUGAUCCUAGCUCAGGUGCUUUUUGUGUUAGAAAUGAAGCAGGAAACUUGAUGUAUACUGAAGGGAGAGGGUUUGGGGUGAACUCCAACCUUGUGGUAGAAGUUUUAGCAUUCAAAAUGGGAUUAGAGUAUUGUAUUAAUCACCAUUAUCUUCCACUGACAAUGGAGACAGACUCUUUAGCCAUAAAGAACAUAUUAGAUGGAGGGUGGGAAACUCCAUGGUGCAUUAUAGUAGAUAUCACAAAGAUAAAGAGUUUAUUGGUGGAGUCAAACACAACUGUAGAACACACCUACAUGGAAGGCAACAAACUGGCAGACUUUUUUGCUAAACGUGUCUAUUUUGCAGGUACAGAUCUCCUAACAUAUUCAUCAAUUCAAGAAAUAUCAAGAGAAGCUAGAAGUAUAUUACAGUUGGACAAGAAUCAGACCCCAAAUCUUAGAAUAAAAAAAAUACCAGGAUGGUAA